AUGAUAUUUACCUCGGACAAGGAAAAGCCCACAGGGCCCGACGACACCGACCAGGACAGCCCGAACUUCCUCUCCGAGAUUGACGAGGAAAAUGCUAUCGACGAGCUAUCAGCGCCACAAAUAACUCCUGCCAAGCCCAAGAUAGCGGACCCUCCGAACGGUGGCUUGAAAGCGUGGCUGCAGGUUCUUGGGUCGUUUUUCAUUUAUUUCAACACAUGGGGCCUCGUUGCAAGCUUCGGAACCUUCCAGGCUUACUAUGAGGAUGACCUCCUGCGGGACAACAGUCCAUUUGCUAUUUCCACAAUCGGCUCCUUGCAGAGCUUCCUAAUGGUGUUUUUGGGUUUCAUUGCCGGCCCUGUUUUUGACCUGGGCUAUGCGCGCCAGCUCCUUUGGGUGGGAUCCCUGCUCAUUGUCGUUGGCUCCAUCUGCCAGAGUCUCAGCAGCAACCUCUGGCAACUCCUCCUCUCUCAGGGACUCUGUGUUGGUGUCGGAAUGGGCAGCCUCGCAGUUCUGGGAGUUGCUGUUCUUUCCCCAUGGUUUUCGACCAAAUUGCCUGUCGCAACAGGCAUCGCGGCUGCGGGGAGCGGCGUGGGCGGCCUGGUCCUCCCCAUCAUGUUUCGGUCGCUUGAACCCGCGAUCGGGUUCCGCUGGACUGUGCGCACCAUGGCGUUGAUCGCUUUAACGACGCUGGCGAUUUCGAUCGUGAGCAUGCACACGCCCAAAGCCUCGGCGCAACGGCGCGCCUGGAUCGACAGGUCCGCCUUCAGAGACGUCCCUUACCUGCUCUUUGUGUGCGCCUGCUGUCUGGUCUUUUUAGGCAUGUACACGCCGUUCGUCUAUGUCCAGAAGUACGCUCUGGCAACCGAGACCGCGUCGCCGCGCGUCGCCACGUAUCUGCUCUCAAUUCUGAACGGUGCGUCCAUUCUCGGAAGGACCAUUCCCAACUUGUUCGCGUCGCGCAUCGGGACGAUGAACAUGUUGGUGGUGGCUGUGCUAAUUCUGUCCAUCUCGGCGUUCUGCCUGAUGGCUGUCAGCAAUGCAACCGGCCUGAUCGUGGUUGUCGUGUUCUACGGGUUCAGCAGUGGCAGCUUUUUCUCGCUGCAACCUGCGACCUUCACACAGAUCACCUCAGACCGAAACUUCAUUGGUACUAGACUGGGCAUGGCGUAUUCCGUCAUGUCGGUCGCUCUCCUCCUCGGUUCUCCGCGCCUGGAUAUGGGCUGGAGUAUGCCUCGCGCUAGGAAGCAUAAUGAUCGCAUGUUCGAGGGGCAUGGCGAAGGGUUGGAGGUUGAAUCAUAG